AUGCCACUACUCUUGACUUUCACCCUUACAUACCUUAUCGCUGCGGAGCCUUGCUCCGUCGAUGGCUGUGAGGUCCCGACUCGGGGUCGGGAGCUCCUCCAGCGCUCCGCGAGCACUGCAGUGCAGGCGCCUGCACAUCUCCAGCCCGCUGGACCCAUCGGACCCCUCCUACCAGUGGAGGUGGAGGAGCGGCAGAAAUGGAAUCGGCUCAGCUGCAUCGCCCUGGCUUGGAUUGGAGCAGUCUCGCUGCUGUUGAUCCUCCAGGCCUGCACAGGGUCUCCGCGCAAGGAGACCCCGCUGCCGCUUGAGCAUUUCAAUGGCUGGCAGUUCUUGAUGGCCCAACUCGUUCUGAGCUUUCACUACAGCCCGGAUAAGCAAGAGCGACGCCACCUCCAAACAUUGACUUUUACUUCCGUUACCUUUUUUGUCUUCUGCUCUGGCUUCAUGACGCAGUACGCCUACGCGGACAAGAUGUCUGGUCCCAAAGCGCAUCUACCAGCAUUCUACCUCCGACGCCUUGGCCGGGUGCUGCCAUUGUACUAUGGCAUCCACUUUUCGGUUCUGCUCAUAUCUGGUCGGCCGUUGACGGCAGAUUUCGAGGAGUCUGUGCUGAUGUUGUGCAGCUGGCACGCGGCGAAGCCUUCCACCAACUUUCCAGCUUGGACGGUUUGCGCUUUGGUUUGGUGCUGGCUGUUGGCGCCCCUUCCGUCGCGCAUACUGCUGAUGGCGCGGCAGAGAUAUGGGUCCAGCUGGAUGUAUCCUUUGGCGCUGUGGUUUUUCCUGGUGGCGGCCGGCACAUGCAAUGAGAC